CGAAUACGUUUUAGUAGCAAUUAGUAAAUAAUUUAAAUCUGAAAUAAAGGUUAUCAUAAGUAAUAAAAAGUGUCACUUCGUUCCCACAGUGGUACUAAUAUAGUUUAAUAGUCAUCAAUUGUAUUUAUUGGUAGUUAUGAAUGGAAAAGGAACAAUUUAUACGUCCUAUUACGUAAUAGGCAAACAAGGUCAUGUAAUAAUUCAUACUUUAUCUAGGAUCUUUUCAGUUGUGCAGUAGUUGAUGAAGUGUGUACUUUGUGUGUAGAAUAGAAGAUAGUUUUAUAUUGAUUUGAAGAAUUGUGUUUGUAAUUAAUUACAAAAUGGCAACAAAAAACAUAACAUCAUUGUCUAAAGAGGAAUUCAAAAAUUUAAUAGAUUCAAUUGAUGUCAUUCUGUCAGAUUGUGAUGGCGUGUUAUGGAGAGAAACCGAGGUAAUACAGGACUCACCUGAAACAGUAAAUAAAUUUAAACAGCUGGGUAAAAAAUUCUUUUAUAUAACAAAUAAUAACACGAAAACUAGAUCCGAAUUCGUAGAAAAAUGUAAAGGACUUAAGUAUUAUGCAACAAUGGAAGAAAUAGUGUGCACAUCAUUUUUGGCUGCAGUGUAUCUCAAAGAAAAGAAAUUUGAUAAAAAGGCGUAUGUAGUCGGCAGUAUAGGUAUUACUAAAGAGUUAGACGAGGAGGGUAUCAAACAUACUGGUAUUGGACCUGAUGUUAUGGAUGGCGACGAAGUAGAAAUGGUACAAAAUUUCAAGCCUGAUCCAGAAGUUGGGGCAGUUAUCGUUGGUUUUGAUAAAUACUUUUCUUUGCCCAAGCUUGUAAAAGCAGCUACUUAUUUGCAAAAUCCAAAUGUUCACUUUAUAGGCACAAAUUGUGAUACAGAAAGACCUUCGCCAAAUAAUAAUAAAUUCCCAGGAACUGGCUGUUUUAUAAAGACUAUAGAAGCAGCAUCAGAUAGAACAGCAAUAACGCUUGGAAAACCAGAAUCUUUCGUGAGUGAAUAUAUAAUCAAGAAAUAUGGUUUGAAUCCUGCAAGAACACUCAUGAUUGGCGAUAAUCGGAACACCGAUAUUCUUCUUGGAAAACGUUGUGGAUUUAAAACACUUCUUGUGUUAACAGGCAUUACAUCACAAAACGAUGUAGAUGCCAUGAAUUCACCUAAUGCGGAUUCUAAAAAUUUAAUAAUUCCGGAUUAUUAUGCAGAUCAGUUAGGUGAUGUGCUAAAAAUGAUUGAAAAAUCUUAAUGAUGUUUGAUGCAAAAUCAACAGUUUCAGCACAAUUCGAUAAUAUUUAGACAAAUCUUAUGCAUUAAUCUAUUCAAAUAUGAGAUAUAUAAUGGGUCUGUCUCUCUUUGUUUCUAUUUUUUAAUUAGUUAUAAAUAACAUCUUUAAUUUGACAAUUUGAUAUAAUUAUUUAAAAUUAUUUCUGCUUAAAUAGAAAUUCCUUAGAUGUGUGUACUGAACUUGAUGCAAAAAUUAUUUCAUUUUUAUGACAAUAUUAUACAACAAAUGUGUUCCUAUUAUCUAAAAUAGAAUUAUUAAUAGUUACCGAAACAUUAAUACAGUAUUUAUUCGUUAAGAGCUCCGCUUGACUUACAAUAUAAGAAUUCGGUACUCUACUUGCGAAGGCAAAAGCUAGAUAGAAUAAGAGCAAGUCAGAGAGUCUGAAAACGGACGAAAAGUUCGCAGCAUGCAAAAGACGGUACUCAAACGGCCUACAGUGGGGCAUUCGCAUGCCAAACGCGGUAAAAAAAAACAUAUUACGACCGAAAUGUACGUAUUUAUCUCUUUCCUCGCACAAUUCCAUUAAUAUAAUUGCUCUUGUUAUAUGUUUUCAUUAUCUUUAUGUGUUGUAAAAUACAGCACAUUUAAUUCACUUGAAGCUUUAACAUUUUCUACAAUAACUAUUCUAGAUAACAAUACAGUAUUAUGGAAAAAUCAGGUAUAUAUGUUACCUUUUAUAAAUAAUUUACAAAUUAUUAUACAAUACAAUAUUUCUACAUUUUAGUGUGUGUGUAUAUACAUAUAUACAAUGUAAACAUGUAUAUGUAUAUACUGUACCAAAGCAACGAUUUGUCUUUGUAACUUCUCCAGUAACAGUCAAUUUCUAAAUUUUUUUUAUUUGAGGAUAUUAGUCUGAAAUUACUUUUUUCAGUGCUUGGCAUGCAGUUACCCCACUGUGUAACAGAACGAGACAAAAUGACGGUGCUUCGUCUGUCUCAUAUUAUUUCUUGCUUGCUUUCAAUCUCUCUAAUUUUAUCCUAUUACAUCACGCUUUUACUUUUGGCAAGUAAGUAGCAAGAAAUGAUACGCUUGAAAUCAUGUUCUUUAUAUGUUAACAGCUCGCGCUGGUCUCGAGCCAAAUACAGUACUGUAUUUUAGUUUUUCUUAUUAAACACAACGUGAUAUAGUACAAAUAUAUAAAAAGAUUUGUAAUGUUAUUUUUCUGGUUCUCAAUUUCUAUUUUUGUAAUGAUAUUUAGAAACAGAAAAUUUGCCAAAGAAUAACAGUAUAUAUACAUUUAUGGUUAUCGUUCAAAUGAUCAUUUUAUCGAUAAUUCGUGCGCUUAAGUGUUGCAGUGAUACGAUAAUUGCAUGCAUUGUAUGUGUAGUGAAUGACCAAUUGUGUUAAUUAUGGUAUAAAUUUGCGUACAAUUUAGUACUGUGAAGUAUUAUUUAUGUAAUCGUUUUCAUACGUAUCUGUAUAUUGUAAUGAAAAAAUGCGAUUUUAUUUCGUUUGAAUAAAUAGAAUAUUUCUUAAUUAGUAAAUUGAAUAAUAUUAAAUGUUUCUUGCCCUUGAAAUAAAUUAAAAUCUCGGAAAUAACGAAUAUUGCGAUAAAGUUUAUUUACAUUAUCGUUCUGACGAAGUAAUAAACGACAGAAUCAGUGGUGUUCAAGCUUUCGAUUAUAUUUUAACCAAUUAAUAAAUUGAAUUGCACAAUUUAAUUACUCAUUUAAACAACCGAAAAGGAGUCAGUGUGUUAAUAUAAUUGGGUUUUACGUAGAAACCAAUAUAUGAUCGGUAAGAAGACAGAUUUUUUAAAACAUUAAAACUAUUUUCGGAUCAUAAAAGACGAUGCAUUUGCAUUGUAUGGAAAACACUGUCGCAAACAA